UCAGUGUCAGCUUGACAAAAACUGAUGAUGAGCGCAGACGUAGGCAGUGAUUUGGUUUGGUUUUUGGUUCGUGGCCAAAUGCAUUAAUUCUGCUAGACUGGUGAUUGGGAGCAUGAUCAAUUUGCGUUUACUGUGCAGGGUCAAUUUGUGUUAAUCCGCCAAGAACGCGCUAGCUGUAGUGAAAAGCGGCUCCGAACACGGCGCGCGCGAGCGGGCGGAGAAGUGAAGUUUUACACCUCGAUCGGACCGAGCCCUCCCACGCACGCAAUGAUUGGUCACGGCUCCAUUUAUAGUAUCUGAACGCCUCCACUUCUCAUUCAGACCACACUCUUACAAAGCCAUACGCUCACCGACUGCAGGCUACUCUAACAAACUCAAAGUCACAGCAGACUAUCAUCUUCGGUCGGCUUUUAAAUAGUCCUUUACGGCGUUAUCUCUUCAUUUUAAUGUUCGCAUCUGUCUGCUGUCUUUAACCCGACAGCGUUCGCGCGAGGGAACUGCUACCCGGUGCUUGUCGGUAUCGGUGGUCAAGUGGAGAUGAGCAGCCCUGAUGCGGGAUACGCCAGCGACGACCAGACCCAGGCCCGGGGUGCGAACGCAGUCAUGAUGCCCGUUAUGGGUCACUGUGCGUGGGCAGCAGACCCGCUCAGUCCGCGCACAGACACCAAAGGCAAAGGUGAGUCGUGCGCAGGAGCUACAGGUCGCGGGAAGACUGAACCCCGGAUCCGUAGACCGAUGAACGCGUUUAUGGUUUGGGCGAAGGACGAGCGCAAAAGGCUUGCACAACAGAACCCGGACCUUCACAAUGCGGAGCUCAGUAAAAUGCUUGGGAAAUCCUGGAAGUCUCUGGCGGUGCCGGAGAAGCGUCCCUUCGUGGAGGAGGCGGAGCGUCUGCGAGUGCAGCACAUGCACGACCACCCCAACUACAAGUACCGCCCGCGCCGCCGCAAGCAGGUCAAGCGCAUCAAGCGUCUGGACAACAACUUCUUGUUGCCGACCGGCGCUUCGGACCCCCAGGCCUCGUCUAUGGGCCUGGAGGGGCUGGGGCUUGGCUACCACCACCACCACCCCCACCACCACGAGCACGCCGGCUACCCUCUGUCUGCACCACCUGCUGGGCUGGCACAGUACUCUGAGUCCCAGGCUCUCCUGGGGCCUGCUGCCUUUGAGGCCUACAGCAUGCCCACACCAGAGUCGUCUCCGCUGGACGGCGUGGAGAGCGAGGGCAUGUUUCUCCACAGCCAGCAGGACGAGUGUUCCCCACUGCCCAGUUACCACGGCUACCAGGUGUCCCUCUCCGACUACACACCAGUCCCACAACAUCAGCAAGUUCACCUUACUAGCCCCCACUCACACCAACAUGGCAACACACACACUCAACAUCAGCAGCACAGCAGCACGCACACACACCAACACAGCGGCACGCACACACACCAACACAGCGGCACGCACUCACAGCAACAGCAACAGCUACGCCACAGCCCGCACGCUCAGCAUCAACAAGGCAACAUGCACGGGCUCCAGCAGAGCAGUACCCUGCCCCUCCAGCAUGGCGGCCCCCACGCGCACAGCCCCCUCUCCCACCCCGGCUCCAUGUUCCACAGGCACCUGGGCCCCCCCUCUGAGACGGUGCUGCCGAGCUACAUGGCCUGCCCCGCGUCUCUGGGAGUCUUCUACGGCGGAGGAGCCAAGCGCCCCGGGGGGCAGCAGGGACAGCUCUCCCCACCUUCAGACGGCUCUGGCGGGGCAGCCGGCUCGGCCGAGCUCCUGGGAGAUGUGGACAGCAGCGAGUUUGAGCAGUACCUCCCCUACGGGGCCCCCGACGGCAACCCGCAGGGGACCGAGGGCCUGAUAUCAACCGUGCUGUCGGAUGCCUCCACAGCCGUCUACUACUGCAACUACAGCAGCGCCUGAAGGGUUAGGGUUAGGGUUAGAGGACACAGGCCGAGACCAGAGCACUCACUCAUGGCUGUGCCACGCACCUCUUGUCACCUGUGCCACGCACCUCUUGUCACCUGUGCACCCUGGCUGUGCCACACACCUCGUCACCUGUGCACCCAGAGCGCUCUGGCUAUGCCACGCACCUAGAGAUCCCUCUGUAUCUCUCUCUCUCACAUUUGUCAUUUCAUGAGAUGAGGGAGUGCAUCUAAUACAAAUGUGUUCAAUAAACAAACCCAGCAUAGUAGGAAUAAUGUUUUAUGUUUUGUAUUUAAAAUUAAAUUGAUGGAAAAAAUGUUGAUUUUUUUUUUAUAAUGGAAAUAAAGUGUGUAACAAUUACUUUAAGUAACUUUUGUAAAAACAACUUUUAUUAUUAAUGCCUUUAUAUUUUUGCACUUUUGGAAAAUAAAGGAAAAUAA